AUGGCAGACCCGGCGUGGGGCGCAGCGUCCACUGCCUCGUCGGCGGCAGUGCCGCUCCACCCCCCUGCGCACUCGGCCCGAGCGCUGUACGCUUUGCGCCACAGUGAGCCACUCGCGACUGCGCGCCGUCAGCCGCUUCAACAGCAGUCGCCCACGUCUCUGUCCCAUUCGCUGCCCCCUGCGCCGGUCCACGCGAUGCCGCCGGACGUCUGCGGCCUCUCAGUCUAUGGACGUCCGUCGAGCGACAGGGGCCGCGUGACGUCGUCUUUGGGCUCCCAACGGGACGACGGGGCGCUCCUGUCGGUGGACAGACGUACGUCCUCGUCGACGCUCAACAACGAGUGGCGUCGACAGCCGCUCGACGCAGUGCGAGUGCCACUGGAGCAGCAGUCGAUGCAGGAGCCGACUCCGUGGCACUGUGUGGAGACCAAUGGAGUGAACGCAGCGACGUGGAGCAGCGGCGCGCAGUGUGGAGAUGGACCUGCGUGGGGUCUUCAGAGUGACAGGCGGCAGACCUCUGCGCUGCAUCGUGAGGUGUGGAACACCGCCGAGUUUCGCUACGGCGGCGGUGACGGCCGGAGACCAUUGCUGGCUGAAGCAACACGAGCACCACCAGCAGCGCCGUUGUAUAUGUUGGAGUACGGCGCUAAUAGGAUGCAGCGAGAAGGAGCAGCGGACGCACGCGAUGAGAUGCGUGCUCGACCACCGACUGCAGAGUCCGUCCAAUUGCACAUCCAGCGCCACAAUUGCACACUGUGUGCUAUGAGUGUCGCGCUGUAUCAAUGGGCCCAAACCAGUUCAGUGUUGUCGGCUGCUGUUCAGACGGACAAAGUGGAACGUGAUCGGUUGCAGGAAUCAGACCAAUGCAUUCAUUCGCAACAGCUCCCGCACAAAGAUUCGUAUCACCCCGCCGAAAGUUGCCAACGCUGUAGUAGCGAAGAGUUUGGUAUGUCAACACGCACAGACCGGUCAAGCCACGAUGGCGCUUUCCUGGGCAACGCCGCAAGACAUGUCACUGCGAGCACAGCGCUUCCUGCUGCGGGCAGACCUGCUGUCUCUGAUGCCACACAUGGCAAAGUCUUUGUGAAUGAGGCCACGUGUAACUUGAGUCCGGCUCACGAUGUUUUGGCUGGCUUGGAUGCAAGACAUGCUGGAGCUGUUGUGGGUACGGCUGCAUGUACCUCGAGCGCGACUCGUGAUGUUUCUGCUGGCUUUGAUGCAAAGCAUGCUGACGCUUCGGCGGAUGGAACCACAUGCACCCCGAGUCCGGUUCAAUGUCCGAUUCAGAAUGAGGCAGACAAGGGUGUACAGGGACAAGACGACGCGCGAUCAUCCAUUCAGCCCUCUCGAGCUGCUGUAGUGCCUGGAAUAUCACUGGCAUCGCAUGCGGCUCGGCUUGUGACGAUGCAAGAUAUACUAAACGGUGAGGAUCAGUCCAAUAAGGCAAGCAUGUCAAGACAUCGAUCGCGAGAUGGCACACACGAUCGAGUGCCGUGCAAGCGCAAGGUGCGAACGCCAAACAUCCCAACAAAGCGGCAGAAAGUGCCUGAGCGUCAGAGCGCGCGGGACCAUCAGCCAUCACCCAAAAGCAGGCCCACGGGGGUCCUCCUACAGACCCGAGAUGCAAAUGACGUGUCAGCCUCGUCAAUCACACCGACCGCCAAGCCGUGCACUCCUAUGUACUUGGCUUUCAUGGAGUCCCGUGCUGCUCGGGCAUCGAAGCAGGUGCAAUCUUCAGUUGCAGGGGCCUCAAGCCUAUAUUCGCAGUCAACGAUGCCCGUUCGUGCUGCUAAGUCGUCUGCUGUCACAGUUAAGCAAAAGAACGGGCGGCCGAAUCUGGUCACCACGAAGAUGGUGGAUAUGAAUGCUGGCGUGUGUAAACCUUCUAGGGCGUUGACGUCAAAUCAGCGGACUAGGACACUACAUCUUGAUACGGCGAGGUCAAGAGGAGUCUCGUCUCGUAAGCAAGUGCUCGACUCGCUGCACGUGGGUGUCUCUGACAGGAACCGAAGGAUGGAAGAGCCAUGUGCGUUGAUUAAAAGAGAGCCAUGUGCGAACAGUGGAUUCGACGAGCCGAUAGGUCAGUUGUACAAGCAACAUCGGUGGCAGCAGCCGCGCUCCGAACGCUCGGUGCAUGAUUCGAGAGUGGUAAGUGGAAUGUGUUCCUCGAUCAAAUCGGAAAUAAUCGAUAAUGAAACGGACAUCUUACUGAAGAAGAGACGAAGAGCUAAGUUGCCUCUUGCAAGGCCGACCCGCCCUAAGCUUACAAUUCGGCAACAGCAAGUGCAGGGACCGCUACGGUUGGACGAAGAGCUUAUCCCAACAUAUGGAUCGGGUGCAGCGUCUGCCGUUGACUCAGCUACAGUGUCGCAUGGACAUGCUGUGAAUCGGACGGUGGUGAUAUUUUGCAAGCGAGACUUUAUGCGCUAUCAGGCAGCUAAGAUUUGGCGCAAGUAUCAAGAACAGCAAAAGAAGCACGAAGAGUGGCGGGAAGUUCGCGUCGCCGGCAAGCGCACUCGAUAUCUCAAUUCCCGCUAUGAUGAUCAAAUACAAAGGACGUAUCGAAAACCGUACAUGCGGUCUACUAAACCGCAACGAAAGCCAUUUCCAAAGACAGGAAAAAGCCGUAGUCGUAAGGCGACAGUGGAUAUAAGUGUGGUGGAGCCGAUGUCAUUGCCUUCUGUAUCGAGUGACAAAAGGGUCAGCGAGGAGGGGUUAUCGGCAAGGGAACCGGAUAGCACAACGACCUCUGAGUUGUUGCGGAAUGUCGACGAUGACUCUUUGUCGAGUGGAAAGCGUGGUGUAGCUGACUGUGACGAACGUCUCGUGACUCGAGAUGCAUCACAGUCACAUGAUGGCCGGCUGCCACAAGGCCAAGGCGAUGUCGACAUUGCGACACCUGACAGCAGUGUCGGUACUUUCGGCGCCGACGAUGCAUUCAACGGUAGUACCGUCCCCUCCAUCAUCGACAUUUGUAAAAACGGAGUCACAUGUUUCGAGCCUGAUGUCAAAAUCAGUGUCGCUGUUGUAGCUGGUAAGCCGCUCAAGGACAGUAGCGAGGUCAACUAG